AUGGGUUCCAAACGUGCAUUCACUGAGGUUGGUGUUUCAGCUUAUCAUGAUGAACCAUCUGUUGCUGUAAGUAGCUUCUUUAAGGGCUUCCAGGCACCAAAAGAUACCACCUUCGAGCUAUAUAAGAACAAGAAGAACAGCGACAAAUACGUGUUACAUGGUGAAAACGAUAGACUAGAAUAUGAAGGUCAGACUGACGAUGAUUUUGUUAAUUCUUCUCAGUAUGUUGUUGGUGUUUAUGAUGCCGCCACGAAGUCUGUAGAAUUGUACAAGGCACCACUGGUAUCCAGCAAGGUUCUUUCCAAAUCUAGAAAGAACCUAAUGGGACCUGACAUUAAACAGGCUAACGUCCGUGCUGCAUUGAUGAGAAACGCUUUAGGUGAGGCGUUCGGUACUAAGAAGGCAAAGAAGGCCAUUGCUGAUAUGGAAAGAAACCGUAUUGAUUCAGACAAAUUGGUUGAUUCUGCGAUAGAUAUUGUAGACACAGUGAAGACUGCUUCGAAAGAACUGCCUUCAAAGGAAGAACUGCAAGAAACUGUAUCUUCUGAUAGACCAACUCCGUUGGCUGAUUUAGACGCAACAGAUGUGGAACAAAUUUAUCCUUUAUACAACAUAAUACCCAAAAAGGAAUGGUCAUUUAUUCGCGUUGGCAGUAUCAUGAAAGAGCAAGACCCAGAAAAGAGGCUAGAAUAUUUCCCAUACACUAAAUUUCAAUAUGUGGCUAACAAGUUGCCAACUCUAACACAAGCAGCACAAAUGCAAAAAUUGCAAUUACUAUAUUAUUUAUCACUUUUGGCUGGGGUGUACGAUAACAGAAGAGUUAACAACAAGACAAAAUUAUUGGAAAGAAUAAACAACCCUCCAGAUGCCCUAUUAAAUGGCAUUUUGGAAAGGUUUACCAUCUCUAGACCUGGUCAAUUUGGUAGAUCAAAAGAUAAGUCAUUCUUUAUCGAUCCACAGAGGGAGGACAAAUUGCUAUGUUAUAUUUUGGUAAUUAUUAUGCAUUUGGAUAACUUCAUUGUUGAAGUCCCACCUUUAGCUCAACAACUAAACUUAAAGCCUUCCAAGCUUGUCAGUCUCUUCAAAAUCUUAGGUGCUACCGUUAAGGGUGCUACUGUAGCUCAAGCUGAAGCCUUUGGCAUUCCAAAGUCUUCUGCCUCAACGUAUAAAAUAGCAACUUUGAAGGUACCAUUCAAGCUACCAGAAAUGAUUAGAAGAGGUAAAGGGCCAAGAAGGUAG